UACAGCUCAACGCUCAAGUUGAACACUACAAAGUGUGCAACACACCUGUUGAACACUUCCAACUAUGCAAAACUCGUGUUGCACACUUAGAAGUAUGUCACACGGUGUUAAACACUUUAAAGUGUAUGUCAGUUGCACACUUUAUAUAUCAGUGUAAGCUGUCGGGUUUUCAGAGUAGGCACCUAUCCCGAGAUGAUUUCUCCUACGGGUUUACUUGAUAAAUCUAAAAGAAAUCGGGGCGAAUAAGAAAAUAUCCUUUGUCUGCAUUUCUGUUUAACUCGCUGUGUCCUAUGAAGAGAGGAAAACAAGAAAUAGAAAAGAAAACCGUGCACAAAACAAAACUAUUGUUUUAUCUGACGCUGCCGGUAUCAUGAUUUUUUGACAGACGUGCGCGCGAUGACAUAUCGUCGGAAGAGCGCAGGUUGACAUGCAGGUUGACACGACAGCUACAUCGCACAGUGAAAACCUCCUACACAUAUUGGUACACACAGUCGUUGUUGAACGUGGGUCAACUUCUGAAAUAGAUCAAUGACCCUUUCUGUUGUACGCGGAAAUUUGUCAUAAGAAUUCUCAUUCAGUGGAUUUUAUACAUGCUCAAAGGACAGGAACAUGCGUUUUAAAAAUGGAUUCGAGAUCCACUGCAGACUUCAGUGGGCCGGCAGGGUGUUUCUCGUAUUGCUUCUUCCAUCAGUUUUGGCCAAGCUCAAAGGACAUAAGCAUGCGUCUUGAAAAUAGAUUCAAGAUACACUGCAGACUUCAGUGGGCCGGCAGGAUGUUUCUCGUAUUCCUUCUCUCAUCAGUUUUGGCCAAGACCAAGCUAUCGUCAAAGAUCAAGAUGUCAAUGAAAUACUACGAUAUUAAGGCAUGCGACAAUGUGGUACAUUACUUUCGCUUUACGAAAGUCGACUAUCGCAUGGUGGAUGGUGGUGACGUUGUUGACACCGACUGUUAUGUGGAUGUUGAUGUGAAGUAUCUCAAAAUGAUCUUCGUCCAACUUCAACGAUGUUCAGGGGGAGUUGGUCGAAAUCAAUGCGAAUACUUCACUGGGUUAAAGUGGACUACGAAUCUGUGUGAACUAGCAACCGCAAAGAACAUGUUAUGGACGCCGUUUGUGGAUAAAAUCACCCCAACCUUCAAAUGUCCUUAUAAGGCAGGCUUCCACCAGCUCCGAAAUGCAACGUUAGACUUGUCAUCCUUUGAAAAAGAAGGAUUUCACUUGCCUUGGGAAAGGUAUAUUUGGAAAGUCCACCUCCGAGUGUUAAAUGAAAUGGACCAGAUCGCUCUGUGCUUUAAUGGAACGUUUGAAGUUCGUCGUGUUUUGGUGAGGAAAGAGAGCUAGUAAAGGGACGGAAACUGUUCCUUUUGUUGUAAAAAUUAUACCAAAAUUUUCUGGAACAA